AUGCAGCGAGGAGGGUCACCACUCGCUCGUAAAUCCUCGUCCCUUCCUUCUCUCCCAAAUUUCUCGUCGUGGCGCUCGGGUUCACCCAGCGCCAUCUUCCAGCACGAGAGGAUCCCGAGGGAGUGGUGGAGCCAGCCGCAGGCAGAAGACGGCCGGCAGCCGUCCCCGGUGACCAGCUCAUGGAAAAGCUCGACCCCCUGCAAGGGAAGAAGGGAUUCCCAGCUGCUGGAGCCCCCCUGUGGGGAGGGGGGCCGAGGAGAGGAGGCCCACCCGGCCAGCCCGCUGGACGUGUCUCGCCUGCGCAGCUCCUCCGUGGAAAUCCGGGAGAAGGGCUCCGAGUUCCUCAAGGAAGAGCUGCGGAAGGCCCAGAAGGAGCUGAAACUUAAGGAUGAAGAAUGUGAAAGGCUAUCCAAGGUUCGGGAGCAGCUGGAGCAGGAGUUAGAGGAGCUGACGGCCAGCCUGUUUGAGGAAGCACACAAGAUGGUGAGGGAAGCCAACACAAAGCAGGCGGCAUCAGAGAAGCAGCUGAUGGAGGCUCGAGGGAAGAUCGACAUGCUGCAAGCAGAGGUGACAGCCCUGAAGGCCCUGGUGAUCACUUCCACCCCAUCUUCGCCCAAUCGCGAGUUACACCCCCAGCUCCUGAGCCCAUCCAAGGCUGUCUUACGGAAGGGACACGCUCGCAACAAGAGUACCAGCAGCCCCCUCUGCCCAGCUGUCUGCCCGGCCACCGGCCACAGCAUCUCCUUUGAGCCCAUCGGCCACGAGUGCAAAGAGGUGGACACCAUCCUGUUUGCCGAGUUCCAGGCCUGGAAGGAGGCCCCCACCCUGGAUAAGACCUGCCCCUUCCUGGAGAGGAUUUACCGAGAGGACGUGGGUCCUUGCUUAAACUUCACCAAACAAGAGCUUUCAGAACUGGUUCGGGCGGCUGUGGAGGAGAACACUCUGACCAUCGAACCCGUGGCCUCUCAGGCGCUCCCUGUGGUGAAGGUGUCUGCAAUCGAGUGUGGUGGACCAAAUGGCUUCCGGGCCCAGAUCAUGACGAAGUGCGCUCUCAGCGGCCUGGCUCGGACGUGCCGGCACCGCAUCAGGCUGGGAGAGUCGGAGAACUACUACUACAUCUCGCCGUCCUGCAGGGCCCGGAUCACCGCCGUCUGCAACUUCUUCACCUACAUCCGCUACAUCCAGCAGGGCCUGGUGCGGCAGGACGUGGAACUGAUCUUCUGGGAGAUCAUGAGGCUCCGGAAGGAGAUGUCUCUCGCCAAGCUGGGCUUCUACCCGAAUGAGGUUUAAUGCCAAGGUUGGGGGCCACGGACCCAGGAAACCAGACGGACACACAGUUGUGGAGGAGGGCAGCUGGACUGGGGGCUGCUCGGAUUGAGGUAGAAGGACAUGAUGGAUGGGUCUCCGUCCUCUGAUGGUUCUACCACGGGGGGCUGCCACCAGCCAGGAGACCCUGGAGAAAACCCUGCAGCAGGGUGGGGGGCAGAGGGGGAGCAGAAUCCUUUGGGUUGGAGCUAGGGCUCCAAGGCCUGGGCUCUGAGUGGAGCCGGUACCGGGCCCUCUGCUGCUUCUGCCAACUGGUGCAGUGAAUUUUCCAAAAGAAGAAAAAAACAAAUCUGACCAUCAAGAACAAAUCUGGAGACUUUCGUGGUCCACGGGGAGAUCCUGGGUGGGGGGGCGUCUCUAGUCUUCCAGCCAGAAGAGGUGUCUGGCCCCACAGGCCACCUCCACUUGCCCCCCCCCCCCAAAGGAAAAAGUCAUAGUCUUGUGUUUGAGCUCAGGAAAAUAGCCAAGGCCUUCUGGCCUGCCCUACCCCAUCCCCAUCCCCGUCCCCUCUCCAAAGCAGACGUCAAGGCCCCUGCUAGUUGCCCGCCACCCUCCUGCCGUAACGCUUUGACCAGGCCUGACAGUGCCCACAAGGAGCAUCCUCGUCUACUGGCCAGUGGGAAGCAGGGCCCUGUCAUUGCAGCCCUGGUUUAGAACCUUCCUGGCCCUGGUAACCCCCACACUUUAUUUGUCCUUUGGGGAAACUUCUCCAAACGUUUCCCCAGGGGUCUGGGAGCCCAGCCUGGGAAGGUGGAGGGACGGAAGGAUGGGUCUUGCUCCAGGUUCACCUCCAGGCCAUCAUUCCCUUGGCUGCACCCAGCAUUCCUUGGGCCAGGGCUGGCCUUGAGCUUCUCCCCAGGUUUGGUCCUGGGCAAGGGGGCAGCAUGCAGAAACCUCAGGCAGAAGUCAAACAGCCCCUGGCAUGAGUGGUGUUUCCAGCAGUGAUGGGGGUGAUUCUCCCUUGAAGAAAGGAGAAUGUCUUUGUGUGUCCUCCCCCCAUUAGCGUGUUGCUGGCUUCUCUGUCACACCUUCCUGGGGCUUUGGGGGGCAGCCCAGAUCUCAGCCAGAAAGACUUGCCAGUCAAGGGUGAAUACCACCCUCCACCCCCAAGAAAGCUACUCUUUCCUGGCUCCUGGGAUAGGUCCUAAGUUGGAAUGCCCUCCCUGUCUCUGCCUCUUCCUGAAUGGCAAUCAUUCCAAGCUGGGAAUUAGACACAUCACUGGGCAGGCUUCUCGGCCAAAGAAAAGCCAAGCCAGGCUGUGUGUGGGGGCCAGAGUCGGGGCGGGAAGGGAGGAGACUUUUCCCAUAAGCUGACCUUAUGUUUUACCUUUAAAUAGGACACUUCUCUUGAGAAGCUUCAAAGGGGCCUGGAACCCUUUGGGGAUUGAGUUGAGAUCAGCUGUUGGGAAAUAGUCUCAUGCUCUGGGGCCAGGAGAGGGAGGGUUGGUAGUGGCUUGGAACAGCCCCCCAACAGGAGCCCCCAGGGUCACUGCCACUUGCCAAGUUGUUGGACUGAACCUCUCCUAAAAGGUUUGUUAGUAUAUGAAUGCUCCAGGGACCUGCUUCCAGCUGGGCCCACCCCCUCGGCGCGGGUAGAGUGCUUGGCACCCUCGGCCUCCCGAGUCCAAACCCUCCCCCUUCCCACCACCUUCAGCCAGGACGCAGGGUGGCCACCUGUUCUGAUGAGUUUCCUGUAUAAUCUCCCAGAGUCAGUAUCUCCUUUUCCUGUAAUUUCCACCCCACCCCGGGCCCCUAAAGGCAAUUGUGCCCACAUUAUAGCCUGAGCUCAGAGGUUUCCCACCUGCCUCUAUCAGUCUAUUCAGGGGGCCCUGCCAACCCAGGAGGAGGCGGGUGGGAGGAGGGAGCCCACUUCCUGCCUCUGUAGUGCCUUCCCCCUUUCUCCCAGUAUCUGGGGAGCUUGAGAGCUUUUUUUUUUUUCUGGCAUAAGGAGUGCUUCCUCAGCUAUGGAAAGUGGGCAUGGGAAGUGGGCAGGUUAGGCAUAUACAAAAAUGCUUGUCCCAUGCCCCACCAGUCUGUGGGUGGGAGAUUCUACCCUCCCUGUUGGGGGAUGGACCUGGGUAGUAGGGGGUAGGCAUUAGGAUGGGGGAGUCAUCUUGUGAGGCCAUGAAGAGGGGGAUUGGCUCUAGUCUAGUGGUCCUCUGAAGGACCACCCCCAAGGGGGGGAACUCCCUCUCCACACCUGGCCCUCAUGGUCUGGGGCCUUUCUGGACGCAGACCUGCUUGCUCACUCUGUUUUUUCUUUCUUUUUUUUAAUGAAAUGUAACAGAAUCUCUAUUUAAUAAAGGAAGGAUUUAUUGGUAAA